UGGAGAGCGAGCGAGCGAACCAGCAGACACUGCGCCUCUUACUUGUGAAUGGGACUCGUCUGCUCGCCUUUCUCCAGAGGUGAUCCGGAGAGAAUCCGGGGCCGCCAGAUUUCCAGAAAGUCUUGGAUGAUUAAAUACGUAUCUGUGCAUAAACACAAGCUUUACUGGAACUGUUAAUUUGCUCAAAUGGAUGGAAUAUGGUACUUUAACUGGCAACAGGCUUCCAAAGGUUGAAGGAAACCGUUUGGAGUCGAUAAGCAGAGUUACAGUGAUGGACUUAAGGAACAUUGACAUCUCGGUUACAGAAAACUUGUGAACUUUCCAGAGGAUUAUAGUAUUCCUGUUCACUUUUGUGGUGAUCCUUUGAGAAGAAAGGGGAAAAUUUGGGGAGUACUCUGGUGCCUAUACAUAAACCAAAAAUGAAGGAAGAUCAUUGUUUACAUGCUGCCCUUCUGUGUCUGGGAAUGCUGUGCUGCAGCUUUGUUAUGGCGACAGACAAACUGAACCACUCAAGGCCAUCACUGCAUGGUCAUCACGAGAAAGGGAAGGAAGGGCAAGUUCUCCAGAGGUCAAAAAGAGGAUGGGUAUGGAACCAGUUCUUUGUAAUAGAAGAAUAUACUGGACCGGAUCCUGUACUAGUAGGCCGACUUCAUUCAGAUAUUGAUUCUGGUGAUGGGAACAUCAAAUACAUUCUCUCAGGUGAAGGAGCGGGCAUUAUUUUUGUUAUAGAUGACAAAUCAGGGAACAUCCACGCAACAAAGACACUGGAUCGAGAAGAAAGAGCUCAAUACACAUUAACUGCCCAAGCUGUGGAUCGAAAUACAAACCGGCCCUUGGAACCACCCUCAGAAUUCAUUGUCAAAGUCCAAGAUAUCAAUGACAACCCUCCUGAAUUCCUUCAUGAAAAUUAUCAUGCCAAUGUACCAGAGAGAUCCAAUGUAGGUACAUCUGUGAUUCAGGUGACAGCCUCAGAUGCUGAUGAUCCUACCUAUGGAAAUAGUGCGAAACUUGUUUACAGUAUUCUUGAAGGCCAACCAUAUUUCUCUGUAGAGCCACAAACAGGUAUUAUAAGAACAGCUCUUCCCAACAUGGACAGAGAAGCAAAGGAAGAAUAUCAUGUUGUGAUACAAGCAAAGGACAUGGGAGGACACAUGGGAGGACUUUCAGGAACCACCAAAGUGACAAUUACCCUCACAGAUGUCAACGACAACCCACCAAAGUUCCCUCAGAGUGUUUAUCAGAUGUCAAUAUCGGAAGCCGCUGUUCCUGGUGAGGAAGCUGGAAGAGUAAAAGCCAAAGAUCCAGACAUUGGAGAAAACGGUUUAGUAACUUACAACAUCAUUGAUGGUGACGGUAUAGAAGUCUUUGAAAUCACAACAGAUUAUGAGACGCAGGAAGGGGUUGUGAAGCUUAAGAAGCAAGUUGACUAUGAAACCAAAAGAGCCUACAGCUUGAAGGUAGAGGCAGCCAACAUAUACAUUGACCCCAAAUUCAUCAGCAAUGGACCGUUCAAGGAUACUGUGACUGUGAAGAUUAGUGUUGAGGAUGCAGAUGAGCCCCCCAUGUUUUUAGCACCACUGUACAUCCUCGAAGUGGAAGAGAAUGCAGGGCCAGGUGCUCCAGUUGGACGGGUACAUGCCAAAGACCCUGAUGCUAAAAACAGCCCUGUAAGAUAUUCAAUUGAUCGUCACACUGACCUCGACAGAUACUUCAGCAUCAGUCCAGAAGAUGGCUCAAUUACAACCACAAAAAACCUGGAUAGGGAAGAAAUAGCCUGGCACAAUAUUUCCGUGUUAGCAUCAGAAGUUCAUAACCGGCAUCAGGAAGCCAAAGUUCCAGUAGCAAUUAAAGUUCUUGAUUUAAAUGAUAAUGUCCCCAAGUUUAAAGAGCCCUAUGAAGCUUCUCUAUGUGAAAAACCCCAGACAAAUAAGCCACUCAUUACAAUUUUAGCAGAGGACAAAGACGAUACAGCCAAUGGCCCCAGAUUCAUCUUCCAUUUGCCACCUGAAAUGAUGCAGAAGCCCAAUUUUACUCUCAGAGAUAACCGAGAUAACUCUGCAAGCAUUUAUGCAAAACGCACAAGCUUCAGCCGACAAGAGCAAAGUUCCUAUGAUCUGCCUAUUGUGAUAAGCGACGGUGGGAACCCUCCUCAAAGCAGCACCAACAUACUUCGUAUUCGAGUUUGCAGUUGUGAUGGGAAUGGUGUUGUGACCUCCUGCAACCUAGAAGCCUACAUCCUCAAUGCUGGAUUAAGCACUGGAGCUUUAAUAGCAAUCCUUGCUUGCAUUGUGAUAUUGUUAGUGAUCGUUGUGCUCUUUGUAACCCUAAAACGACAAAAGAAAGAGCCUCUCAUUGUUUUUGAAGAAGAAGAUGUACGGGAGAACAUCAUCACUUACGAUGAUGAAGGUGGUGGAGAAGAAGACACCGAAGCUUUUGACAUCGCUACUUUGCAAAAUCCAGAUGGUAUCAACGGAUUUAUUCCUCGCAAAGACAUCAAGCCAGAGUACCAGUAUAUGCCACGACCUGGGCUUCGGCCAGCUCCCAACAGCGUUGACGUGGAUGAUUUUAUCAACACAAGAAUACAAGAAGCAGAUAAUGACCCCACGGCUCCUCCUUAUGAUUCCAUCCAGAUCUAUGGCUAUGAAGGGAGAGGAUCAAUAGCCGGGUCGCUGAGCUCAUUAGAAUCGGCAACCACGGAUUCUGAUCUAGAUUAUGACUAUCUACAAAACUGGGGACCUCGUUUUAAGAAACUAGCAGAUUUAUACGGCUCCAAAGACACUUUUGAAGAUGACUCUUAACGAUAAAGUUCUCAAUUUGGCCUUAAGAACUGUGUCUAAUGUGCUAAAAAAA